AUGGAGUCCGACCAACUACCACCUUGCGCUGAUUGCCUGUAUAAACAUGCGUGUCGAGCAAACUAUCAAACAGGAAUCUGGAGGCGGAGUCUUGAGAACUGCCCUGAAAUUCCGAAUCCCUUAAGACAUGGCUGGAUUCAGGAUGAGAACAAUUUAGGGAUUGAUUGGAUGAUUGGUCAGCCAGCUCCUGCAACAGUUUUAGAGCUACUCUCUUGUUCUUGCACAAGAUCUUGUAGGCUCCCGAACUGCAGCUGCCUUGCGAAUGGUCUUAAGUGCACAGACAUGUGCCGGAUCUCCGAGUGUGAUAACAGGCGAGAAGAACAAGCUGUCACAGUAGACGUCGAUGCUGAUGAUGACGAGAGUGAUGAGGACUAG